UGGUGAUGUCUGGAAGGAAAAGUUUCUGUUACAGUGAGGUAGGUGGAUGUUUCCUGGGUACGGUGCUGGUGUGACAAUUUAUUUAUAUAUAAAUUGCUAAUACGUUGGUGCGUCUUGAAUUAAAAUCGUUUAAAGUGUCACUCGCGAGUAUCUUGUGGGCGAGUGGGGCAGUGUUAUGAAGCUUGGAGAGGGUAGUGGUAUUGGAGUCAUGCUCUUGCUGUCAGAUAUCCUUCAGGGAACACCUUGAUUUGGUCGAAUAUCCUUUCAUCAUUGGCAUAUAAACUGCCUUGAAGAUGCCCUUCGGAUACAAUCGGGAGACCACAAUCAAGAUGAAACCUGGGAAGGCUUCGAAGGCACUUUCUUCAGGAAGGUUAGUAGGCUCUUACAAGCAACGUAGUGGGAAAAAGAGGCUGACAGGUAGAAAAGCUUCAACAAAUUCUGUAGAGUCUGGUUACUCGCUGUAUUCCACGGAUUCUGAAGAUCAGGUUACAGAUAUUCAUAAAGGCCUUGAUCGAUGUGCAGCUUUAUUGCAGGAUAUUUUGAAAAAUGAGACAGCAGAUCAGAAAGUUGCUCCUCUGCCUUCAAAGAAGACAAAUGUUAGAAAAGCAAAAGUGCCUUCCAACAAAGGAGAAAAUAGCAAAAAGGAAGUCAAGAAAAACAGGCCUGUUUCCUGUGCUAUUUGUGUGCAGCAAGAGACUGUUUCAACACCAAAGUUUAAGAGGGUUCCUGAUGCAGCUGAAGUAGAUGUGAACAACACUGCUCAUGUGUCAACGAUGCCAUACUCAACAAUUUCAUCAAGUCAGAACUCUCCUGUUAUAAAUCAUUGCCUCUCUGAUCAUGUACAGACACAAAUGGGUCUUAUAAAUGACCAUGCUCCAGUAGGUCCUUCAAUAAGGAUAUCGCCUCGAUCUUACUACACAGUUUUAGACUCUGGACCCCAAGUUGUUUCAACGUUUAAUUCUCGACUGCCUACCUCUACACCAACUAUGUCUCCAAAGAAUGUUGAGCCUUCAUUAGUAAUACCUUCACAGAAUAUACCCACUGAGUUUUGUGAUCAACCUGUUCUUCAAAAAGGAUUGAACUUUGUACCGGCGUAUUCAUGUUCGGCUACCAUUGUCCCUCCAACACAACCUGUGAUGACUUUUCCUCCAUCUGCAGUCACAUCUGCUGUCACUGAAUAUCCUUUAGCUCAGGUGGUUUGUGACACUGACACAGGGAGAAGUCACUGCCCACAACAACAACUAAAGGAACAAGAGCUACUGAAGUGUAUCCAAUGUCAUUCAACUCAAAUGCAUCAAGGGGAAGUGUUUCAGCAAGUGGCUUGGGAAGCGCAAGGGACUGAUAAAUCAGAUACUGAGCAAAGUGAUGGGACGAGUGAAGAUGAUCACAUAAAUUUUGUGGAUAUUACAUCAGUAAAAGACACUAGUUGUCAGACCAGCUUUGACAAGCACACAAAACCUAAAAAGCAAAGUCCUGACAAAACAGCCAAGAAAGUGAAAACUAUCAGAUACUUGCUGAGUGAACUGAAGGCUGUAAUUGUUGAUCAAGAUGACUCUGAGGCUCACAGAUUGAUAAUGGAACUGGAGGAUAGUAUCUCUCUACUACCAACUGUGAUUGGAAGCACAAAUGUACAAGCAGAAAUAGCUCUGAGUCUCCAACCUCUACGCAGUGAGAAUGCACAGCUGCGUAGACGAUUAAGGAUAUUAAACCAGCAACUUCGAGAACGGGAAAGAGCUGAAAAAGACUCCAGAUCUGGAGAAAAUAACUUUGAAGUGAUUUCCUUGCAGUCCAUGAAUACAACAUUGCAGGCUCAGCUGACAGAGUCUCUGAAGGGGCUGGAGUCUUUGCAAAAGAAAAAUGAAGAACUGAUGAAUGUAAUAGAUAAACAGCGAGAGGAGAACAAACAGCUACUCAAAUUAGUGCAGGGGAAAGAACAGGAUCUUUUUCAGAAGAGCCAACAAUGUGAGAUGGACACAACUCGAGUCAAAAUUGAAGUAGGUGAAGCCUUGACAAAAAUGCGAAACAUUCAGCUUAAGUUGGAGGCUUCCGAGAAGGAAAAUCAAAUUUUGGAAAUAACACUUCGACAACGUGAUGCAGAAGUGAACAGAUUACGAGAACUAACCAGAAAACUGCAAGGCAGCAUGGCAAGACUCCUUUCAGACCUUAGCAUAGAUUGCAUGAAAACCAAACCCACAUCCAGACUCACCAGAAACCUUCUACAUGAAUAUGAGAAACAACUAGAGGAUGUUCCAGGUUUGAGUUCUGUAACAGCUUAUCUUAAAAAUCUGGAUAAUAAUGCUGAAUACAACACUCGAGCUUUAUCAUCUGAUAAAGUUCCUGAAUCUGAACCUUUGACCAUGCGAGAUCCCCCUUACUUAAUAUCUGCAACCACAGGAACAUGCCAAAAUAAUGUCCUGUCAGCAAAGUCUUCACCCACAAGCUUUUGCAGGUUCAGUGCACAGACUGAAUGCCAUAUUAGUAGAGGAAGUGGGGACUCUACGCUGGAUGAAACCACAUACAUUCCACUAGCUGGCAAUGCCACCAAGCAAGAAAAUGAAUCAGUUGAAAGGAGGAAUUGUAUACCAUUACAUUUGAACAGUGGAUCAAAGAAGUUGUACUAUGACAGUGGAAGUUCAUGUAAUGGAAUGGAAGUAGUGCCAUGUAUCCUGGAUGAUUUACAAAAACCAGAAAAGCCUUUUCCAGAAGAAAUACCUGUUACUCACAACUUAAAGGAGAAGACCCUGGUAAACAACUGUACAUCAAGAAUGGCAGAGGCAGGAAAUAAGCAGAUUCAGUUGACACAUUUAGACCUAAAUAGUAUUGAUUCUCCACACAAUAUUACAGAUCUUCCAAAAUCUAAUUUAAAUUCAUGUACGCCUCAUCCAGAUCAGAGAAACAGGACAGUAUUGUAUAAAGACAAGUUUUCAGCAGUAGAUUCAAGUUUGUCUAGUAUUGAUUAUAAAUCUGUAAAAUCAGGUUGGAGUAUGUCAUCUAUUUCUUCAUUUAAUUCUCGUGACGAACAAGACUUCAAGAAUAGUUUAGCAGCCCUAGAUGCCAACAUUGCAAGACUACAAAAGAGCUUGCAGGUGGACCUUGAGAUAAAUCGAUCUCAAAAUAUUCAAUGAUAAGUGACUUUUAUCUGUAGAUUGUAUGUUCUUCGAUUUUUUAACAUGAUAUGAUUAGAUUUAAUUGAACAUUAUUUUUAAUACUGUGCACUGAAUUUUAUAUUUAGGUAAGUUUUUUUUCUUGUUUUUUAAUCACGGAUUUCUUUUUCUCUUGUUAGAUUUUAAUUUCAGAAAAUAGACUCUGGUGCUUCUUUACUAGUUUGUUUUCAGUCUAGAACCAAAUGAAACUUCAUUUGGGUGAAAUUCUUUCAAUUUGUACUUGCACUUCAUGAAUUAUAAAGAUCAGGUCUCUUUAAGAGGAAAUUACAUUUUGUACAGAUUUGUUUUUGACUCCAUGUGUUUACAGACCUUAGUCACUUCCCCAAGAAGCAUGUGAUUCAGCUGGCCUGCCCUGGAAGAGGCAGAUUAAAACUAAGGUUAAAAAAUUUGGUUUAAAACAAAUGGGAAAACAUUUUUUUCUCUGAGAGUUAAGAGUGUUUGGAAUUGUUCUCUUUAAAAGACAAUGCAGAAUAUUUAAAUAUUUUUAAGGCAGCAGUAGGUAGCUUAUUGAUUACCUUGGGUAUAAAAGAUUAUUAGUAUAUUCAGGAAUGUAGAAUUGAAAUCAAAAUCAGAUCAGCCAUGAUCAUAUUGAAUGUCAGAGCAGGCUCAAAGGGCCAAGUUGGCCUACUCUUGAUCCUGAUUCAGGCCUCUUGCUGACUUUUCAGUUGAUUUGAUGAGACCUCCAAUAGUUCAACAAUAUUCCACUCAAGCUUUCCACCUUCUUUAAGGCACAAGUCCAGAUGCAGCUGAAAUCAACAAGAUGCUAUUUUCCUGAAUCCUAGCUUAAAGUCCUAUGCCUUAUAAAUCUGGGCAGCCUUAAUCCAGGUUCUAAUGGAGAUAAAGCCAAAGUUGAUCCUAACCACCAUUUUGGAGCUAGUUUGUUGUUGUAUAGUCAUGCAUCUUGACUCCCAAUGCUUCUCAUCCACCAGCAGCAAUUCUGUACAGGAGAUUGUACAGUGGUUAGCACUGCUGCCUCACAGUGCCGGAGACCCGGGUUCAAUUCCUGCCUCAGGCGACUGACUGUG